AUGGAAUUUGACCUGAUAGUGAGGAACGGCAUAAUUGUUACGGCAAGCGAAGUUCUGCCAGCAGGCCUGGAGAUCGGAGUGAGCAAUGGCAAGAUUUCAUGCAUGGGUACGAGCUUGCCUGCUUCACCAGGCACGACAAUCAUCGAUGCAGAAGGCGCAUAUAUCACACCUGGCGGCGUCGAUAGUCAUGUGCAUUUGGCACAGAAGAACUCGCCAACAGGCGAUACUUGGGAGACAGGUUCACGCUCGGCCAUAGCUGGAGGCACGACCACAAUUCUCGCGUUCGCCUCCCAACCCAAAUCCGAGACAAGUUUAUGGCCAACGCUGGAAGACUACAAAUUGAAAUCUACAGAUCAAAGCUACUGCGACUAUGGUUUCCACUUCAUCCUCACGAAUCCUACGCCCGAAAUUCUCCGGAAUGAGCUGCCAGUGCUUGCUGAGAAGGAGGGCAUCACCUCGGUCAAAUUGUACAUGACAUAUGAAGCCAUGAGAGUCAAUGAUCGGGAAAUCUUGGAGAUUCUGUUCGCAUGCAAGUCUCUUGGUAUGACAACUAUGAUCCAUGCGGAAUCGAAUGAUAUCAUUAGCAUGAUCAUCGAAGGUCUGGAGAGAAACAAGAACACCGAUCCAUUCUUCCAUGCGAUUGCGCGGCCCAGGAUUGCAGAAGAUGAAGCAUCUUAUCGAGCCAUUUCUCUAGCUGAACUAGCAGACGCUCCCAUGCUGAUAGUGCACAUGAGUAGCGAUAUCGCUGUGGCGCAUGUGCGAGAUGCGCAGACACGAUUACUUCCCAUUCAUGCAGAGACUUGCCCGCACUAUCUCUUCCUGCUGUCAGAAAAGAUCAAAGGCGAACCGCAUGAUCACUUUUCGGGAGCGAAACACGUCUGUUCCCCUCCGUUGAGGCACGACGUCAAGGAUCUGGAAGGACUCUGGCAGAAUAUUGCGAAUGGAACUUUUACAACCUUCUCCUCAGAUCAUGCUCCUAGCAAGUAUGAUCAUCCGGGAGGUAAGCGACUCGGCAUCGUCGAUGGCGUGGCCAAAUUCUCCAAGAUUCCCAAUGGCCUCCCUGGAGUCGAGACGAGACUGGCAUUACUGUUUGGCCAGACACCAGCUUGUCAGGAGCCCGAGCACGCACGACUGAGUCUGCCCAGGUUCGUCCAGCUUACGUCGACCAACCCUGCGAAGUUGUAUGGUCUCGAUGGGGUCAAGGGCAGCAUCGCUCCCGGAUACGAUGCGGAUCUUGUUAUAUGGCACCCAGGGAAGUCCGGCGCAGUGACAAUUUCACAAGAUCAAAUGCACCAUGACAUUGACUAUACGCCGUUCGAGGGCAUUAAUGUCGGAAACUGGCCGAGAUAUACCAUCCUUCGUGGUCAAGUAGUGUGGGAUCAGUCAACAGGCAUCGUCGGAGGGAAGCAAUAUGGCCAAUAUUUGAGGCGCGGAAAGGGCCAGGUGCUCGCAGGGAGAACGGGGAAUAUUCCUCGUGGCAUGGUGGAAGACGAGCGAAAGUACUGGGUGUAGAGCCUCCUCUCGCAUCACUUGUGUUCUGUCAGGUAAGGUAGGCAUGAAAAUCCCUACGACGGGCCUUUUCGAGUCCAAGUAUAGUCGCAGAUAG